CCCUCUACUGCUCAGUGACAGAAUCUUGUGAAACUGAGCAGCAAGCGGUAUGGAGUCCAGUUCUAGAAUGAUGCUACUGGCUGCAUCACUGCAAGUAUGUGUUGUACACUCAUCCAACUCUCAGAAACAAAUUUUCGCAACAGAAUCCAGUGAUUUUCGAAAAGUCGUGAAAAGUUGUUUCUUUGUUGACAAAUCAAUGUUAAUUCGAGAUCUGUUCGAGGAGAAUCAAGCGUUCCAGGAGAUCACAGCCGGUCCUCAUUUUGCCAAGUCUACAAACCUCGACAUGAUCAAACGUUUCUUUAGUAUUACCGUUAAUAGAGAGGGCGUCCCAGUGCGUGCAAACAUCACAAGUAAUUACAAACUGUUCCAAGACAAUAAGCUACUAAUAUAUGAAAAUGAUAAGAAAUUUUUCAAUAUUCAUUUUGGCAAUUACCCAGUUCUGUAUAUUGAUUAUAAGCCCUUAGAUGGGGUGAGUAGUUUCGAUCAUAUGCUGAGAAAAUACAGACAAAUAUUGUCAAACACCUUUUCUCAACACAAAUAUCUUUUAGAAGUAGCUACUACAUGGAACAAUGAAUUCAAUAGAACUAUGUUCGAAUCGUACCUGGAAUAUUCUCCUCUGUAUGAUUUACACAAAGAAGAUGUUAGGAACGGUUUCAUUUUUUUGUCAUCUUUGUUAUUUCGUCAUUUCAACAAAUGUGUGUUUGUGCUUAUCGACGACUACGACAUUGUCAGCAUGAGUCCGGUGAAUGCGCACGACAGAUCGGAUGUGAUCGAGUUCGUCCGUUCCGUCAACAACGCGUUAGUGCAACACUCGAGGUACGUGGGUCGAGCGGUCGUUACAGGCUCCCUGUGGAGGGGGAGAACCAUGCGUCCUAGUGGAGUGAGCGUGGCCCCAAACUCGAUCGGGAAGUAUUACGGUCUGUCGUUAUCUGAGCUCAAACCAUUGCUACUGAAAUUCUUAAAUGAUGAAACCGAAGUAGAAGACGCAGCCGACUACAUCAUUGCCACUUACAGUGGCUACGUUCACGAUGAGGAAUGGUACCUGGACCAGUCCGCGCCCUCUACAAGGGGCUCACAGGUCUGCAGCGUCUGGUCCGUCAUCCAGUAUUGUGUAUGUCACAGAAAACUAAAUAUUACAAUGUUCUGACAGUUGUAUCUCGACUGGAACCUGUUCAUAACUAGUUUAGUUCAUUAUUUCCCGUUGCACUAUUUGUCUGGUGAGGACAACGUUGUUUAUUGUGAGUCUUGCCCAAAAUGUGUUUUACAUUUAAAUGGUUAGCCUACGGUAGAGAGAUUGAAAGUGCGUGGGGAGUGAAAUAAGUCGUAUGUACGUACCCGAUUAGAAAUUUUAAAUUGAGGGCCUCUACUCCCAGUCCAACAAAUAUUAACCAACUUCUUCGUUUCUAAAGAGCAAGUUUGAAUUGUUGGUCUUCAACAACCUUAAAAACUAUAUGUUACAUGUAAUUGUGUAAUACAAAGCUGCAAGAUGAAUAGAAUAAAUAAAAAAACUAGUUAAAU